AUGCCAGAGCUGGCAGAGCUGAGCAGCCCCCGCAUCCCUAUGGAUGUGGACCACAUCCAGAGGAACAUCUUGGAGGAGCAUGUGGAGCUUUGGUGGUUCCAGGACCCCAAGAAGUCCAUCCUGUGCUAUGGAAUGGCUGUGGUGCUAAUCAUGGCCUGCGGGGUCGGGGGCAUCAUCCUGCUGUAUAGCACUAGGAGGCGGGCUGGGGGGUGGCGGCUGGCCGUGGGCACCACGCUCUGCCUCCUGGCCCUGCUCGUGCUGCUGAAGCAGCUGCUGAGCUCUGCAAUCCAGGACAUGAACUGCAUCCGCAGCCGGGAUCAGAUUGAGCUCCUGAAGAGUGGGGGCUUCUCAGACUGUCUGGUGCUGCUGCUGAGCGCCCUGGUGCUGGUGGUCUGUGGGGUCAUUCUCACUGUCCUCUCCACUACGACCAUGCAGCUCAGCCCUGCACAGCCACUGGCCAGCAUGUUCACCAGUGGGGUUGUCCUCCUGACUGCUGGCAGUGCUAUCCUCCUCUGCCUGCUGCUCUAUCUGCUCUGCACCUCCUGCCAUCAGGCUGCUUCUCGGAGCCUGGAGACUGGAGAGAUCCGUGUCUUCACCAUCUCCGGACACCUCGCUGCAAACAGGCGGCUUCCUCCCACCUCUAGCAUGGCCAACCUGAUCUGA